AAGAUUAAAGAAUGAAAGCAAUGUCAAAAACAUAUGUUACAUAUACUGUACGCAAUAUUUGUGGUGAGGAAAGUUCAAAUGUCACGACUUAGAACUACUAGAGGUUCUAUUGACCCAAAGCUAACGGGGUCGAGAUUAAUGGACACAAUAUGCUUGUUUUUUUGGCGCAAAUGGACCCCAUCUGUAGAUAUGCACUUUUUAAUGAUACAGCAGUUUUAUAUUUUAUAGCAAAUUAUUUUGCGGACCCCCUGACAGAGUGCCACAGAACCCUGGUGGUCCCCGGAGCCCACCACUCCGGUCCGGUCAGAAUCACUGAUUUAAAGCAACCCUUUUGCAGCACAAUGAGAAACAAGCUGAGCAGAAUUUAAAGAAUUGCUGAAAGACAACAGAUAUAUAAAAAAUUACUACCAAAAUAAUGGAGUGAAAGUUUGAAAUUAUAGAUUUCAAUUAUCGUCCAUUAGAAAAAUAAUUUCGAGUGUAUUUGAAUUUGAACUGAAUGCAAGGUUAUGUCUGCCCACCUGUUCCUUUUCAACUGUGAGAAUAUCAGUGAUAUGAGUGUUCAUAGUCAUUAAGUACUUGUAUUAGAGCUGUAACGAUUAAUCGAUUAUUCGCCAACUAUUUUUAUAAUCAAUUCAUCUUUUUAAGUAAUUUCUCUGAUUCCAGCUUCUUAAAUAUGAAUAUUUUCUGGUUUCUUUACUCCUCUGUGACAGUAAUAUCUGAAUAUCAACACUAUAGACACUGAAUAUCUUUGAGUUGUGGAAAAAACAAGACAUUUGAGGACAUCAUCUUGGGCUUUGGGAAACACUGAUUGACAUAUUUCACCAUUUUCUGACAUUCUAUAGACCAAACAAGUAAUUGAUAAAUCGAGAAAAUAAUUGACAGAUUAAUCAAAAAUGAAAAUAAUGAUUAGUUGCAGCCCUAACUUGUAUUUAAUAUCAGGGUAAGAACGCACAACAUGAUUAACAUUGCUAUAAUUUGGAAGGUAAAUGGUUAGCAAUAAAGUCAGCUCAUUAAGUAAACGUUUCACUUUUGUAAAGGUUAUAAAUCUGUAACACUGAGUUAGUUUCUUUCAACACAAUCAAUGAAAGAUCAGCACCAGUUUUACCUGCAUGUUUGCAUAUGUCAUGUUGAUCUUACCAGCUUGCCACUGGACUUCAAUAGAAACUUAACGCGUUGGUGUGAAUCAACAUGUGAUUUACAGUUAACCUGCAGAAUGAGGCCUGUGCUGUCAUUUCCACAGAAGACAGAGAUGGAGCGGUUAGGAGGAAGCAGGAGUGAGAGACCCCACCCCAUCAUGUAAAUCAUUGCUUGAGGCUUGACUAAUAUCAGGUACAUCGAUGUUGCCUGAGGGCCCUGCUGUUUGGGCUGAAGCCCCACCCACUAGUGAGACAACAUCCCAGAGAGAGGAACUCACCACACAACUAAGAUUAUCAAAUACAGCACACACUCGCACCAUCACACACGUUCGCAAACGCACUCUGAACUUUUAGCUUAUAUUGGAGAGAGCGUCCUGACUAACACUGGCUGUGGACGGCGGAUCAGCUCUUUGCAGGCUCAACACUCAGGACGGGACACUGAUGCUACAACCAGAGCAGGCAACAUCCAUAAGAAUCAAGAUGGAAACCGCUCAGGAACGCAAGCCAAAAAGGCCCCACUACAUUCCCCGACCGCCAGGCAAGCCUUACAAGUACCAGUGUUUCCAGUGUCCUUUCACCUGCAACGAAAAGUCCCAUCUCUUCAACCACAUGAAAUACAACUUGUGUAAAAACUCCAUCUCCCUGAUGUCACAGAAAAACGGGCAAACGGCCCGACAGAACAAGGCUGUAGCAAAGAGCGUCCCUGUCAAAUCUAAGAACUGUCCGAGCCCCCUGCCAGCAGAUCAAAACAAUAGUCCCGACAAACAAGGAACUGAGGAGGAGGAAGCUGAGAGCAGAGACGACACAGAAGAAGUAGACGUUGGGUGUGACAGUCCAGUCAAUAAGGACAGCCAGUGCGAGACAAAAUCAAAUACGGUAACAGAGGGAGAGGAAGAGGGAGAGGGAGAGGGAGAGGGAGAGAACAAGGAGAGCAAUGAGUCUCUGCCGCGCCCAUCUGCCUUCUCCCUCGUCACACCCAAAAAUGACGGAGCAGAAGCCUUCAAGUCAUCUGUGCAGCAGUCGGAGGAAUCACAAGCUCCUGUUCCCACUUUCAACCACCCAGGCUUCCCAUGGGGCACGAUUUCAUCAUCCAUUCCCUUAAAACCAUUCCCUCCUCCCAUGGUUCCUGAAUACUCUCCCUACCUCCUGCCUGACCGCCCCCUGUAUCCUCCGUACUACCUCCAAGCAAACCACCAUGCAAAUGAUCCAAACUCUCCUUCUUUCCGGCCAGAGUUCAUGGAUCCCCAGAGGCCUGUGGUGCCACAACCCAUCGCCUCACCUCACACUUCCCUCUUCCCCCCAUACCCAUACAGAUACUGCCACCCUCUCCACCCGGGCCCCCCUAUGCACUUCACCUUCUACAGACCCCAUGAGCUCUCCAUGCCAGUUGCAGGACCCAGAUAUCUUCCUUUGGACAUCUACGGCCCGACACUCGGGCCAAAGGAUUAUGAUUUAUACGUUCAAUCACGUCCCAGCCACAACAACGUCAACACAUCUGUGCAAGAGGAGAGCAACCACGGGCAAAACGGAGACAAGGAAACCCGGCUGAGUCCUAAGGAGGGCUGUUCAGCCUUGGGGUCCCCUGACAGACCCAAUCAUGUACAUAUCAUCCAGAGAGACACAGAGGCCCCGCACUACACCAACAAGGGUGACUCACAGACAACCACACAACUAGGACACACCGCUACAGCCAUACAACCCAUCAAAACUGACUCGAGACACGCGGAAUCUGCAGAAAGCUUGCUGCAGUUAGGAACUCUGCAUGUGGAUGGAGGAUCAGCUGAGAGCAGCAGAUAUUCCUCUUUGCCUGUUUCUGAGCCAUGUCCUGAAACUACACCAGACCAAAAAGAUGAUGACAACAGAGACGAUCUGGCCCCCCUAAACCUCUCAACAAGGAACCAAGAAAAAAGUCCAUCUGUCUACAGACUGCAGUCCUCAGACACAGAGAAAUCAAAGGGAGACGAGUUGCCUCUGAACCUCAGCCUGCGAGCUUCUUAUAGCAGCCCUGUACACAGCUCCGCCCCGAGCACUUCGGAAGAUCUUCAGCCGAGGCCAGACACCGAGCUGGAUGAAGAACCAUGUGACCAGAGGCAGACUGCAGCGCUGGCACUCUGUCAGCUAGCCAUUGCAAGCUCUGCUGCCUCUUCAUGUGACUUCAGAAAAGCAGAACGGCCCUCAGAGGAUCCCACAGACACUAGCAGCUCUGGCUCUCCGAAGAAGACAAAACACACAGCCAAGGCUAAGACAACUGGCAUGAAAAGAGCAAACAGUGGCCAGGCUGAAAACAAGUGCCACAAACCAAACAAGAGAGCAAAAGUACCGGGGCGGGCUCUGAGGAGGAGGCAUCGUUACUACUAAACUCUGACUGUUAUAAUACUUGGUAAGAAGGACAGAGUAUCUCUAACCUUCACCUGCAAGCCUCAACUUGAAAAGAUCAACUUAUUAUUUACAUAAUUAAAAUGUAUAUAGCACUGCCAUAAGGUUCACUGUAAAAAUAAUUGUUAAAUGCAAAGACUUGAUGUUUUGUCUUGAUUGGAAAAGGUGAAAAGCAAUUUUUUUUAUAGGGGCUCUUUAUAUUUAAAUUUGACAAAAAAGUUGACAAUGGAAGAUGUGGUACUGUAAAUGUAAAUAUGUUGAAUAAAUAAAUGACGAGAACUGACUUGUUACAUAA